UUAUUGCGGACGGAGGCUGCUGUUCCCGGAGCGCCCCGGCCGCCCAGCCUGCCUGCCUGCCUGCCUGCUUCAGCCGCCGCUGAUUGGCUACAAGUUCUCCUGUUGAAACUGCUUGUAGCUUUUGCAAAGCACAAAGAACGACCUCUCGCUCACAACUUGACGUGGUUUGCUGAAAACAAACAACCCGUGGCCCUGAGGGAGAGAGGAAACAGAGAGAGAGAGGAAUAGGUGCAGAGGCGUGAAACUGCAUCGUUGGUUUUGUUGGGCAUCGAUUACUGGCCGCUCUGUUUUAUUUUGGGACUCAGUCUAGACUCAGAUCUCGCAAUCUAUCCCGCUCUUCACAGCCGCGCUGCAAAGAGAGGGAGAGAGAGGGGAGAGAGAGGGGGGGGACGCGUGGAAGUCGAAGUGAACGAUCUGCCAAUCGAUUGAGUUCAGGUAUUUAGUUUCGGAGUGAUUGGGAGCGGUGUGCGGGGGCCCUUGGUGCCGCAGUUGACCAGCAUUUUUCACCGGAGCGGCACAGAGGCAGCGUCCGCUGCUCACGCCGCGGAGAGUAAUGGGCGCAGAGAGGGCGCUGGACUUCUGACCUUUGACUGUGUGCAAUAAUAAUAAGGAGACCGGCGGCCGGAGUGCGUCGGACACCCUCGGGCGCUGCGUUCCUGUCCUUUCCCCAAACUUGGAUCGUUUCCUUUUCACCGCGGAAGCUGGCACCGAGCGAGCGGGCAUGGAUUGGCUCCCGUGUUUAAAAUCCGACUCGUUUGAUAUUCUUCUCCUGCACCGUAUAAAAUGGGAAGCCCAGGCGUGAAACAACACGGAUUCGUUCCAGUUUACACUCCGGGGAUUACAGCCUGGAAAAAGAAACGAAUAUAAAGAAGGAAAAAACGUUGGGAUUUUGUUUUGCAUUGUUUUGGAGGGGAGAAGAGAAUGGAAUUACUUCGGCUCGCUGGCUUGAUUUGGGGAGUCGCGGCGCUCACUGAAGGUGCACGGGGUCCGCCACAGAUUUCGGAGAGAGUGAUCAACCGGCAGACAGUGAGGUUGGGUCGGACGAUCAAGCUGCCGUGUCCAGUGGAGGGAGAUCCGCCUCCGCUGACCAUGUGGACGAAGGACGGCCGCACCAUUCACAGCGGCUGGACCCGGUUCCGAGUCCUCCGUCAGGGCCUGAAAAUCAAAGAGGUGGAAGCGGAAGAUGCUGGCACGUACAUCUGCAAGGCCACCAACGGCUUUGGCAGCAUCAACCUCAACUACACACUCAUCGUGAUUAACGAUUCAAGCACAGGAAAGGAUGGACAGAGACUGCCGCAAGGAUCAAAUGGGGAAUAUAGAAACGAAGAUCCCACAGGAAAACAAUGGGUCAGGCCCCGGUUUACGCAGCCCACCAAAAUGCGUCGCAGGGUGAUAGCCCGUCCCGUGGGCAGCUCAAUACGACUCAAGUGUGCCGCCAGUGGCUACCCCCAGCCCGAUAUCACCUGGCUGAAGGACAACAGGCCUCUCACGCCUCAGGACCUGGGAGACACCAAGAAAAAGAAGUGGACUUUAACCCUGAAAAGCCUAAGGCCGGGAGACAGUGGGAAGUACACGUGCCGUGUCUAUAGCAAAGCAGGCGAGAUAAACGCAACAUACAAGGUUGAAGUAAUCCAGACCACCAGGUCCAAACCCAUCCUGACUGGAACCCACCCCGUAAACACCACGGUCGAUUACGGAGGGACCACCUCCUUCCAGUGCAAGGUCCGCAGUGACGUCAAGCCUGUGAUCCAGUGGCUAAAGAGAGUGGAGUAUGGAAGCGAGAACAAGUACAACUCCACCAUCGACGUUGGUGGGCAGAAGUUUGUCGUGUUGCCGACCGGCGAGGUGUGGUCCCGGCCCGAUGGCUCUUACUUAAACAAACUGAUGAUCUCCAGAGCAAAGGAGGAGGAUGCAGGGAUGUACAUCUGCUUGGGUGCUAACACCAUGGGUUACAGCUUCAGGAGUGCCUUCCUUACUGUGUUGCCAGACCCGAAGCCCCCGAAUGUGCCGGUGGCCUCCACAUCCCACGGCAGCCUGCCCUGGCCGGUAAUCAUCGGCAUACCCGCCGGUGCCAUCUUCAUCUUCGGCACGAUCCUGCUUUGGCUCUGCCAGACCAAGAAGAAGCCGUGCGCCACCCCAGCGGGAGCAGUGGCCGCCAUCCACCGGCAGCAGCAGAGGGAGCGGACCUGCACGGCACAAUUGCCAGACAAGGAGAGCAUCACGCCGAUAAACUACGACGAGUACCUGGCCCAGCAGCAGCACCUCCUGGCUCAGGGGCCUCCACUGGGGGCGGGCAAUCCCCACGGCCCCGAAAUGUACCCCAAGGUUUACACAGACAUCCACACCCACACGCACUCCCACGUCGAAGGCAAGGUCCACCAGCACCAGCAUAUCCCCUAUCAGUGUUAGCUCACGGGGCCCUUGGUGUCUGGCACAAGACUGCAUCCGUCUUCCAGCAGGACCUCAUAAGA